UAGAAUCCAGCGGGCAUUGAAUUCUAUCAAUAACAAUGAGGAACUCGGGAAAAUUACAGGGCAAAACACUGUUCAUAACGGGUGCAUCUCGUGGCAUUGGGAAGGCGAUUGCUUUAAAAGCGGCGCGCGAUGGAGCCAACAUUGUCAUAGCUGCCAAAACAGCCGAACCACAUCCAAAAUUGCCUGGAACAAUUUACACAGCAGCUGAGGAAAUCGAGAGGGCAGGUGGCAAGGCUUUGCCCUGCAUUGUUGAUGUGCGGGAUGAAAAGCAGGUGCAACAGGCGGUUGAGGCUGCAGUUGCCAAAUUCGGAGGCAUCGAUAUCGUUAUAAAUAAUGCGAGCGCCAUUUCGUUAACUCCAACGCUGGACACCGAUAUGAAGCGAUAUGAUUUGAUGCAGAACAUCAAUACAAGGGGCACAUUUUUGGUUUCAAAGACUUGUUUGCCCUAUCUGCUGAGGAGCAAUAAUCCGCACAUCUUGAACCUAUCCCCGCCUCUGAAUAUGAAGCCGCAUUGGUUCUCCAAUCACACAGCCUACACCAUUGCCAAGUACGGCAUGUCAAUGUGUGUGCUGGGCAUGGCCGAGGAGUUCCGGGACCAGGGAGUAGCAGUCAAUGCCCUUUGGCCUCGGACUACUGUGCAUACGGCGGCGGUAGAAAUGCUGCAUGGCGAGGAGGGUGCUUUAUAUUCUCGCAAGCCGGAUAUAAUGGCAGAUGCGGCGUACGCAAUAAUCUGUCGCGAUGCCAGGGGAUACACUGGCAACUUCUUCAUGGACGACGAAGUUCUGCUGGAUGUGGGUGUUAAGGAUUUCAGCAAGUAUGCCUGCUCUCCGGAGAAUAUGCAUAAAUUACAUUUGGAUAUAUUUUUGGACGAUGAGGGACCAUUUGCCAAAUUGUAAUCGUUAUUUUGUAAAAUGUUUUGUUGUUUCAAAAUAAAUCCAUGAACAUUUAA